AUGGAUGCUGCAAAGGACAGUGCACGUUUGGAGGACAAGUGGGCGCUGGUGCCUGCAUUCCUACGGUGGAAGCAAAAUUUUAUUAUUUUCCACACUUGGAACAUUGCUAUUGCUGGGGUUUUUUUGUUUAACCGGGUCCUCUUGCUCUUGCAGGUUCGUGGCCUGGUGAAGCAGCACAUAGCGAGCUACGACUACUUUGUGAAUACGGAAAUCAAGAAGAUUUUGCAUGCGAACAAUCUGAUCACAAGCGAUGCCAACCCGUCCUUCUAUCUCAAGUACAUUGAUAUUCGGGUCGGAAUGCCGUCGAGCGAGGAGGGCUUCAAUGAAAUCAACGAUCGGAUAAGCCCGCAUGAGUGCCGCCUUCGUGACAUGACUUAUUCGGCGCCAGUUGUUGUUGACAUUGAAUACACACGUGGCAAUCAGCGUGUGCUCAGGAAUGGCCUUGUUAUCGGUAAAAUGCCUGUGAUGCUGCGCUCCAGCAGGUGCAUCCUCAAAAACAUGGGUGAAAAAGAAUUGGCUAGGGUGCAGGAAUGUCCGUACGAUCCGGGCGGUUAUUUUAUUGUGCGUGGAUCGGAAAAAGUGGUCCUCAUACAGGAGCAGUUAUCCAAAAAUCGUAUAAUGAUUGGCCGAAAUGGUAAAAAGGAGCUGUACUGCGAGGUGCUCAGUUCAACACAGGAUCGGAAAAGCAAAACAUAUGUUGUUAGCAAGAGAAAUCGCUACUAUCUUCGCCAUAAUCAACUUUCCGAUGAUGUUCCAGUUGCCAUUAUCUUCAAGGUAAAAUUCCCAAUGUCUUUUAGGCUGUCAAAUCAGGGUUUUAGCAACGCAACUGAAAGAAUGACCCCACUGAUGGCCUUUAGGCAGAGUUAUCCCUUCGCUGCCCUAGUUCAUUUUUUUUGGCGAAGAAGCGAACCACUUACAGCCUUGCCAGUGAGUGGCUGCUGGUGGCGCGUACGAGCACAUGGGUUGCUUUCGAUAACCUCUGCUUGA